AGGUGAUUCAAUUCUUUGUGCAGCCUGUGUCCAUGAGAACACCGUCUACAGCAGAGUGUUUCAGAUUUUGUACAGGAAUGAAGAGAUUGUCAUCAAUGAAUCCAUGAACUUCAGGGCCCACCUCCUCGUGGAUGGUGAAAAGGUGGAAGAGGCACUAAGAGAAGCAGACUUUCAGCUCAAGCUGGACUUGCAUUUUACGGACAGUGAGCAACAGCUGAGAGAUGUCACGUCAAUCCCUGUGAUCAGCAGCCGCACUUUGGGGCUCCACUUCCACCCGGGGCGAGGGCUGCAUCAUCAUGUGCCCGUCAUGUUUGACUACUUCCACCUGUCAGCCAUCUCUGUUACCCUGCAUGCUUCUCUGGUGGCUCUGCACCAGCCCCUGAUCAGCUUUGCCCGUCCAGGGAAGGGCUCGUGGCUUGGUAAAAACAGCUUGGAAACAGGACCAGAUCUGACGGGGAUGUCGCUGGAAAACCUGGUGUUUGGAGCCGGUUACUGCAAACCUGUUGCUUCUGAGGGUAGCUUCUAUGUGCCCUCUGGAAACUGCAUGCAGCAUGCGCACAAGUGGCACAAAGACCUUUGCCUCCUGCUCCUCAAGGCGUAUCGAGGACUCCACAUGUACUAUGCCUUCAUCACGAAGGAGAUUCCCAAUUUGCCGCAGCUGAAGUUAGAGGACCUUUCUGUAGAAGACACCCUGUUGCAGCUGUCUGCAGAGCUACAGAUGCUGAACAAUCCAGAAAAGAUAGCAGAGCAGAUCAGCAAAGACCUCACUUGGCUCUGCUCCCACCUUUUGGCUCUCUGGACCCAGUUUCUAGAGUUCGUAACCCUGCACCCAGAUGUCACAGCCUAUCUCGUUCAGGAACAUCACACUCUGAGGGUAAGAAGAUUCUCUGAGGCUUUCUUUCAUGCUGAGCAUCAAAAGCCUGCUGUUGUGACUUUCCAGGAAAGCCUCAUCCAGCAUCACAACCAAAUCUCAUCAGAAGUCCGGAACUCCGAGUACCUCACCAGCAUGCCGCCCCUGCCAGUAGAGUGCCUCGACAUUGAUGGAGACUGGGGCACGCUGCCGAUUAUUUUUGAAGACAGAUAUGUCGAUUUCCCCUACAAAGUUCAGAGCUUGGACAGCUUGCCGGACUAUGUUGUUUCUGCUGCUGGCAAAUCACAAGUGGACUUAAUAGGAAAAAACGAGGAUCCUUCUUCAAAUGAUGACACUGCUUUAGCAAAGGGAGAUUUCAGGAACAAUGCCCCUUUCAUCAUCCAUACAGAUAGGAUAAAUGGAAAAUCGGUGUAUGGUCACAGCUAUCCAAAAGGAGAUUCCUGUAUGGUUGAGAGUCUCAAGGAUCACCCCACAACUCAGGUACACACAAUGAAUGGAGAUGCCCAGUCCCAUGGGGAUGAGUCAGAUCUGGCUAGCAAUAUGAUUUCUGGUUUGCAAUCAGAACUCCUGAAGGAUAAUAUAGAAAGCCUUAAGACACCAAUGGAGCUUUCAGAAAAUAAUAGUGAUAGACUUUCACCGGAGGCCGCCUAUUUGGACAUAAGCCCAGUGUGUAAUAAUAACCACCAAGGAGAACCAAUGCUAGUCAUGACUGCCCAGUAUGAUGGUGGCACAUGUGGCCAACAUAAACUUUUGAAUGAGAUUGAAUUGAGCCAAGCAGCUUCAGGGGAUGGUUGUGAAUCUACUCUCACUUCAGACAAACUUCUAAAUGCCCAAGAGAAACCAGCGGAUCAGAGUUGUGAGUCAACACUGCCAUCCUUGAGGACAUUUGAUGUAAGUGAUGAUUUGGGUUCACUGAACGAGAUAAAAGAUGCUGAGGAGAUUAAGGAGCAAAGAGUGCAGGAGUGUGAAGAGUUCAGCUUGACAUCAGGGGUCAUUAAGAGAUCAUCGUCACUAAUCUCAGACUCAGGGAUUGAAAGCGAGCCCAGUUCAGUAGCUUGGUCUGAUGCACGGAGUAAGGCUUUGGAGUUACCCAGCGACCGGGAGAUUCUUCACCAGCUCGUCAGAAGGCACGCGAUUCACCGUAACUCUCUGGAGGGAGGGCACACAGAAAGCAAUACCAGCUUGCCCAGUGGCAUCCAAGCCUCCCUCACCUCAAUCAGCUCUUUGCCCUAUGAGGAGGAAGAGCGGGAGGUGGAGCCCAAUAAGCUGACAAAAUCUAUCUCAGCUCCUCAGAUCAGUAGCCCUGAGGAGCCUGUUGAUGACAUGGAUAUAUCAAAACAUGCAAAAACUAUAUUGGACACCGCAGAGGGGCAAUACGUGGAAAUAGGGUGCACCAGCAUGGCCCUAGCAGAAAAUGUUUCCAUGUGCCGGAAUGCCAGAGAAAAUGGUGGGUUGCCGCUUCCAUUUGCUACCAUGGAACACCCCAGAUCUGCCUUUGAAGAAAAUGUUGACAGUCCUCACUUACCAGAAGCUGCCGAGGGCUUUUCAGAGGUGGACUGUGGCUUGGAAGCCACAGGAGAAGCUGUGUUUCUAAUGCAAAAUGAAAAUCUAGAUGGCACAGUUGAAAGCCAGCUGCCAAAGAGAACAGAGGAGAUCUGCUUGGGAAGGGUUGGUGACUAUUUGGACACCAACACCACUCCUCUUGAUGUGUAUGAGGAGGAGGUAAAUUUGCACACAGUCCAUGGUUCGUAUUCCACAAACGUUGAGGUUUUUUCACACCAUGAGGGCCACACGCCAGACUAUACUAACAGAGCCUCAUCAGAGGUAGUACCUGAACCUGUCUCUGCAAAGGGUCCCCAUGGCAGUUCUCUUGCCAAUGGCAAAGUAGUGAUGUGUGGUGGAGAAAUACCCAACUUACAAGAAAUUGAUCUGGAUAACAGACCCGGCUUUGGAUCCUACUGUGCAGAACCAGAAAACCGAGAGUUCAAAAUGGUGGCAAACAGCACAAGCUUCCAUUCAGUGGCUCCAGGGCCACUGGCGCUCGAGAGCAAAAAGGCUAUUGAGGUGGUCAACUUAUCUGUUUCUUGCGCAGCCACCUGCCUUCCUUUUUCUUCGGUCCUCAAAGAGAACCCACCAGUGGCUGGCUUCUCCUCCAAGCAGGUCACUUCUCCAAUUACUCACCAACCAGUAGGCUCCUUUGGGGUCAUCUCCUGUGAGUCCAGUGAUGUGGAUGGGGAGGCCAAUGAAAGGAUGCUUAGUUUUCAUCAGGCCAAAGAAAAAUUUAAAAAAGAGCUGAAGAUUGAAGGAUUUCUGUACAGUGACUUAACUGCACUCGCUUCUGAUAUCCCAUAUUUCCCACCAGAGGAAGAGGAAGAAAAUUUUGAAGAUGGGAUUCACCUAGUGGUCUGUGUCCAUGGACUGGAUGGUAACAGUGCAGAUCUACGGCUGGUAAAAACUUUCAUCGAACUGGGUCUCCCUGGUGGAAAGCUUGACUUCUUGAUGUCAGAAAGGAACCAGACGGACACAUUUGCAGAUUUCGAUACAAUGACCGACCGCUUGCUAGAUGAAAUAAUUCAGCACAUUCAGCUGUACAACUUGUCGAUAUCGCGAAUAAGGUAA